GUGCCUAAGAAUGUUUAAUAUCUAACCUAAUCCCACUAUUGCACUAGAACUUGCAUGAAGUCAAGGAAUACCAAAACCACAUACAUGUUGAAUCUUAAACCAACAAAUUAACCAAAUGCUAACAAAUCCCAAAACACCAACUACACUUCUAGUUAACAACUACAAACCAUGAAACUAUAAAUACCAUAAACCCAUUUCAUGUUUUGUAUCACAUCCCAUUUUAAGGUAUCAUCAUUCUCCAAUGGCUAGACCACUUUCAGUGAUCCACCCUUCACUAGGCACUUCAAAUAUUGGUCUUACUGCUAUGACCCUCAUGUUGUGUGCUGUUGCGUUGCUCAUGUGUGCUUCUCAUUCGCGCAAAUGGCGUCAUUGGCUCGCUUGCAAUGCCUUUGCAGAAGAGCCUGUCAUAGAGCUAAAUAAUGAAGUUAUGAUGAUAAGUGGUUGUGAACAACAAGAAGAAGGUUCAAUUUGGCAGAAGAAUAUCCUUAUGGGUGGGAAGUGUCAGCUCCCUGAUUUUUCUGGUGUCAUAAUCUAUGAUUCUAAUGGUGAUAUUGUAAACCCUGCUAAAACUUCUCAUCCAUUGCUAACAUGGAAAUAAAGAUGCGAGGAACUACAACAAGGUUCUUAACUUGAAGAACUAGAGUUCCAUCGCAAUGAGAAGGAAUAGAUUGUUGUAUUGUCAAUAUGUCAGAUGUGUCUCUUGUGUAAUGAGAAAGAAUAGAUCGUUGUAUUGUCUAAAUUAA